AUGGUGGCGUACUUAGGACUCUCCCAGGAGGUGGCACCCCAGGCCCUCCCAGCUGCAGCGCGUCCUCAGUGGACCUCUCAGGACUGGUUACACCCAGAGAAGCCUGUCAAGGGUCCCUACAGUGACAGUUCACCCUGGGGCCUUCCCAUUUGCCCUACCAUAUCCGACGGCUUCAGGGGCUAUCCCAGGGGUGUAGAUGCUCCCAGGGGACCUACAAGGGGCCCUGUCAGGGGCUGUGGUGCCCCCAGUGGCCCUACCAAUGAUUGUGGCGCCGUCACAGGCGCUCCCAGAGGCGGUUGCGCCCCCAGGGACCCUCCUAAGGGCGACGUCGCCUUCAAAGGCUGUCCCAGGGGCGAUGGAGCCCUCCGGGGCCCUCCCAGGGGAAACUGCACCCUCAGUAGCCCACUUAGGGGCGACGGCGCUCCCAGGGGAAUUCCCAGAGGCAGCGGCGCUCCCAGGGGACCACUCAGGGGUAAUGGUGCCCCCAGGGGCCCUCCCAAGGAUGGUGGCAUACUUAGUGGCUCUCCGAGGGGAGGUGGCGCCCACAGGGGUCCUCCCAGCUGCAGCGGCAUCCUCAGUGGGCCUCUCAGGACUGGUUACACCCUGAGAGGCCUGUCAAAGGGUAACGACGCCCCCAGGGGCUCUUUGUAUGAGCAGCAGCGCCCCCAGGGGCUCUCUUUAGGAGCAGCGAUGCCCCAGGGGCCCUCCCAGGGGCCCUAA